UGUCAGAGCCCACAAAGCCCCGCCCCUCCCCUCCGAGGCCGCUCGUGAGAGUUCGAGCUCGAGCGCCGUCCGGUUCAGUGACACCUGGAAUAAAGCGCGCGGAUGCACCUGCAGUUACCGAACAUGGCUCUAGUGUUGUGUCCCUGCACUGCCGUCCUCUCGUCUCGCUCCAGUGGUGUCCGUGUCCAACUAUCACCCUCUGCGUGCAACUGAGAAGAACCAUGCUGUCGGGCAGCUGGCGCCGCGGAACCAUCAUCCCGUCUGCGAGCGGGCCGGGCUCGAGUAAAGGCGGGUCGAGACUGGGCAGCACUGUGAUUCUAGAAGCUCAGUAUGACUAUUCGUACCGCGGCGCCGACGGCCGCCUGGUCUCCAUACACGAGGGCGAGCGCUUUCUGCUCCUGAAGAAGACUAAUGCGGACUGGUGGCAGGCGCGGAGGAUCGGGGUGGGCGUGAAGGUCAAACCUAUAUAUGUGCCGGCUACAUACGUCAUUGAGCUGCCCGUCAGCACGUUCCGCCCCCCGCUGCCCAGCAGCAAAUCAGCAUCUGAGAGUCUCAAGAUGUUCUUCCAAGCUCCACGAGGUUCCCUCACACCCUGCAUGCAAACGCACGGCUCAGUGCCUGAUAAGCAGUUCUGUCGUUCCAUGGAGAAUCUCAGCUGCAGCAGUGCCUUGAUGGACAAACACACAGGCCGAGUCUCAGUAAGAGGACAUUUCCCAACGUUCCCCGUUUCCUCCACUUCGCCCUCGGGUCACCUGACGAUCCCGGGUGGAUACUCGAGUCCAGGCGCUCCCAUCGCCCGCAGCCAAAGCUCCAGCAAUCUGCCCCAGAACCCGUACCAGGACACGAGCCGCUCCACAGCGAGCGUGAGCAGCCCGACCCGAUCAUACAGCCAGUGGGACGUGAGCGCGGCCGCACGCAGACACACACACGGACACAUACAGCUCUCAUCAUCAGCCUACAUUUCCCAGAGUUCUCUGUCAGAGCAGGGGAAAAGGCAGUGGGCGGAGCCUCCCAAGCCGUCGCCGGGUCAACAGCCCCUCCAGACGCUGCAGCAGUGGGAGCAGUACCGCGACCCCGGCACCGGACGCUGUUACUACGUCAACACCGUUACGAAGGAGCGCUCGUGGAAACCUCCGCGCCGAGCCCGCGAGAGCAACGAAAGCAGGGGUAAUGUGGUUCAGCGUGACUUCAGGCACCUGUCGCUCCCCUUACAAAACUCAGGAAGCAGCUCUAUGAACAGGCUGUCACCUGACCUCACCUACAUUACCCAUGAUGCCAAUGGUUGGCAGCUGAAUCAGAGCAUGCAGCGCACGCCGUCGUUUGAUGCGCCCUGCUCCACCUCGAGCGUCUUUGAGGAUUCACACCGCAAGGACUCCGGGGGCGUGACCCACAUGAGCCACUCCUACUCCAUGUUCCUGCAGUCACAGAGAACAUCUGCAAACGGAAAGUCAGACUACAGGCUGGUGGUGGAAGCGCCUUCAUCUGACAGCUCACCAGAUAGUGAAGGUGUCUCACCGGAACUGGAAAAGGCCGGUCUGCUCAACAAAACCAAGAUAGCAGAAGGAGGCAGGAAACUGAGGAAAAACUGGAACCCUUCAUGGGUGGUGCUGGUGGGAAACAGUCUCGUCUUCUUCAAAGACCCUAAAAGCCAGAAUCCUGACAGCUGGAAGCCGGGUAACAGCCGUCCAGAGAGCAGCGUGGAUCUGAGAGGAGCUCAGCUUCAGUGGGCCAACGAUCUGUCCAGCAAAAAAAACGUCUUCAAGCUGAGGACGAUUACAGGAAAUGAAUUCUUGCUGCAGUCAGAGACGGACUCUCUCAUCAGAGAAUGGUACAGAACCAUCCAGAACGUCAUCGACAGACUGGAUAAAGAGAAUCCUCUAGAUAACGUGCUGCUGUAUUCUCUGAGGAGAGCCGGAUCCGUCGAGAUGUUGGACCAGAGCGGAGACGAGGAUGAGAAUCGUGGAGGAUUCAAGGCAUCGCUCCCUCGCUCCACCUCUUACAUGGAGAACUCGGAACGCAAGCGUGUGAAGAGCCGUUUGAAGAAGCUGAUCCUCAGGCGACCUCCACUGCAGACGCUGCAGGAGAAAGGACUCAUCAAAGAUCAGGUGUUUGGCUGCGGACUGGAGCUGCUGUGUGAGAGGGAGAAGUGCACCGUUCCACAGUUCGUCAAGAAAUGCACUGAAGCCGUGGAGAGGAGAGGGUUGGAGACUGAUGGGAUUUACAGAGUCAGUGGGAAUCUUGCUGUCAUUCAGAAACUGCGCUUUGCUGUCAAUCAUGAGCGAGCAGUGACCACAGACGGACGCUAUCUCUUCCCUGUGGAUUUAGUGCAAGAGCGUCUGGAUCUGGACGACCCGCAGUGGGAGGACAUUCACGUCAUCACCGGAGCGCUCAAACUGUUCUUCAGAGAGCUGCCCGAGCCGCUCGUCCCGUACGAAUUCUUCCACGACAUCGUCGAGACCGUCAAAAUAUCUGAUUACCUGGAUAAGGUGGACCGACUGAAGCUUCUGGUCAUCAGCAUGCCUCCACCAAACCAUGACACCUUGAGUCACAUGAUACACCACCUGAAACGGGUGAUGGAGCGCUCCGACAGCAAUCGCAUGACGACUCAGAACAUCGGCAUCGUGUUCGGCCCCACGCUGAUGCGUCCGGAGAACGAGUGCGGAAACAUGGCCAUCAACAUGGUGUAUCAGAACCAGGCCAUCGAGCUGCUGCUGAGCGAAUACGAGCGGAUCUUCGGAGCCGAGCAGACGGGAUCUUACUGAGAUCAGGGACACACGGACGGAUUCACGGAUGCUCUUCACGAGAUGUGCGCCGUUAGUCGACAAACUCACGAUAUACGAGAGCUGUUUGUGAACAGGUGGAUCUCAUGAAAACACGGCCGGGUCACGUCACUUCAGCUCGAAAAAUACAAACAAUAAUUUGCAUAAAGACGGAUCAUUUUCGCCACACAUUUUCAGAUGUUUUUUUAAUUUUUAAUAAUUCUCCAAAGCUCUCUAAGGUUUUGUUUUGUUGUACUACAUAAAUAAUAGUAAUAAUAAAAUAAUAAUAAUGAACAGUGUUGGGUAAGUUACUCUAAAAAAAGUAAUUAAUUACUAGCUACUGAACAGUGGAUUACUAAAUCCACUGUUUUACCUAGAAAUGUUCUUUAUAAAUGCAAUUACAUCAGAAGGACCUGUAAUUAAAUUACAGAAAAAAGAGAGAGUAAUACUUUACUUUUUCAAGGGAAAAGUAACUAAAUUACAGUAAUUAAUUACUUAGUAAUAUCCAACACUGAUAAUGAUAAAUUACACUCUAAAAAAUGCUGAAUUAAAAACAACCCAAGUUGGGUUGAAAAUUGGCAAUUGGGUUAAAUGUUUACUAUUGUUUAAAAAUGACUAUAUGUCUGGCUUAAAAUGAACCCAAAAUAUGAUGGAAAUUAAAAAUCAGACACAUAAUUACUAGAGGAAACAAUAAUAAUCAAAAAGUAAACAUUUAUUAAUGAGCAAUUUAAUAAAUGUUUAUAUUAAUAUUUCAUAUUUCAUAUUCAUAUUUUGGGUUCAUUUUAAGCAAGUAAUACAGUCAUUUUUAAACAAUAGUUGAGUUAAAUAAAACUACCAGAAGGUUGGGCAAACAUUUAACCCAACUGCUGGGUUAAAACAUCCCAUUCGCUGGGUUAAAAACAACCCAAUUGUUGGGUUAAAACAACACAAUCACUGGGUUUGUCCAUUUUCAACCCAACUUGGGUUGGUUUUUUUAACCCAGCAUUUUUAGAGUGUAUGAUUUUAUGCAAAAAUAUGUUUUUGGGUGACCUGAAAGUGACUGGUUUUGUGAGAUUCACUCAAACUUAUUUGUGUGUGUGUGUGUGUGUGUGUGUGUGUGUGUGUGUGUGUGUGUGUGUGUGGCGAUCCGUCUUCCAACAGAUUUCAUCCCUAGUGCCUUUUAAGUGUUUUUAUCUGAAACGAUUCCCUUCUCAGAGCUCAUGUAGAUUUAAUGCACAAUGCAAAAGACAGAAAGCUUCCAAAUAAAGCUGUACGUGUCACUCCAUAAUCAUAAAGAGCAGCACAGGUCAAAAGUUUGAGUCAUUUAAUCGCCUUUUAAUGGAGAAAUAAAACUGGGUGCAAUUCGCUCCAGAAUGCGACGUAAUUCCCUUUCCAUUGUUCCGAUGCGGUCGCUGAGUGUGUGUGUGUGUGUGUGUGUGUGUGUGUGAGAUAGAGGAAGUUCAGAGGUGUGUGUGUGUGCCAGUCUCAGAGCGGGUGGAGCUCCGCUGCCAUUUGUCCAAAACUCUGCUUUUAAUAACAGAACAAAAGAGGAACUAAAAAUGCAUAUGUUUAAAAAAUGUGCAUCCCCCACCCGCCCCACACCGCGGUUUGGUAAUUUUAUAUGGACUGUGGCUUUGGCUCUCGACAAAAAGAGCCAGGCAGAGGAAAAUGAACCGGGAACGCGUACACACUUUUUAAUGUUUGAUUUUAUAUAUUUAUUCAUUUUUUAUUUUCUUAUUAUUUCAAUUCCACAAGGGGCCGCAAAGAAGGUUCUCCAAAAGCAGAACAGAAAGGACUGAUGUUAUAUUGUUAUUUCUGAAAUAAUUCAGUGUUGUUGCCCUUCGAGGAAGCUCAUUAUAAUUAGAUGAACCUGUUAAUAAGCUUAAAAUGAUCAUUUACUCUCCUUCAUGUCACUCCAAACCGGUUUGACUUUGUUUCUUCUGUGAGUUUUAAUGCAGUUAUUUUCAUGCAUGCAACUCCUAAAUGGAAAAAGAAACUGCAAAUAUUCUCUUUGUUGCAGCUUUCAAAUCUUGCUUGCAUUUCUGUAUAUUUGAACAGGAUUGUGUAUUUUGUGCUAAACAUCUCCUUUUGUGUUCAUAUACAGGAGAAAGUGAGAUUAGGGUGAGUAAAUGAUGAUUUGUAGGUGAAAUUGUUCUUUAAAGAGAAACAGAUUUGUGGAUGAAGCGUGAUUCAUUCAGUUUCAUUGUUUCUCCUCAUAUUCUCAGUGUUUUUGAAAACUGUUCAGAGUCUCUGAAUACUUCAUUUUACUGUCAGAACUCUCAGUUUUGUGUGACGUUUCCUUUCAUUAUCUGUCCAUGAUGAAGAUGACUAGUCAUAAAACACCCGUUCACGAGGCCUCAAUCGGUGUAACUUGCUUUUGUCUCCCUUUAAAUUCUGUAUUUCAGAAUUAUGACAAUAAAAAGAAACAGAAAAUCUA